UAUUUUUGUCGGUAUGAUUAUUUGUCGGCAUAAAAUUUAAUCAGAAAAUUUUACGCGCGGGAGUGUUUUUAGGAUUAUAUUUUAAAAUUUAAUUUUUGAGAACAUCCAACAGUGUAGUGUUUUUUAUCUUUAAUAAUAGAAGAUUUUUUUGUUUGUUCUUGGUGUAUUUCUUCAAAACCUGUUUGCAAAAUGCCCAUCUACAUAAAAAACCCGAACCCAAUUGGCGACAUAGAGGAGUGGUGCAUAGUGGAACUUCAGGGAGAUCUAGAGGUGCGAGGUGAUCGUCUUAUGGAUGGACAAUUCAUCGGAGAUCUUCUCUAUAACAAAUAUGGACAGCCGAUUCUUAUAAUCGGUCAUCACAUUCUACAAGGACGUCUGCAAAAAGUGGAUAAACCCCUUCUGGUGAUGGAAAAGUGCGAAACCCGAAAGCGACACAUCACCGAACCGAGCAACGAAGAGGACGACGCGGAAAACGAAACCAUGCUGGACGUCAGCCAAAUCAGUCAUCUGGACAGCACGCUAGCCUCCUCCAAUCGGACCGUUCUGGACUCGACGCUGGCAGUAGAACACAAAACCGUCCCGAAAACCGAGUACCUGGUGCGAGCUGUAGUCAAGCACAAAAUACUGUUCAAAGCCCGACCGAAACCCAUCAUUGCAAAUGUCGGAAAAAGCGUCUAGCGACUAAAAUAGCUUUGCAUGUAUUUAUUAUGUCUUCGAGUGCCCUACACUGUUAAAAAUUUUCAAUUGUCCUUAAAACUACUUCCGUAUCCUA